UUCUCUCUCAUCCCUUCACAAGUCUCAAUCCCUUGUUUUGUUCUCAAAUAUUUUCCUCUAAAAUCUCAAAUCGUCUCGAAGUGUUUACAGUCGCCGUAAAUCACAACUUCAGAGUCUGUUUCCGGCGUCCUCCGGCACACUCUCUCUCUCUCUCUCUAACUCUCACCUGCUGUGUUCCUGAAGCUUUAGAAACGAGGCUACUUCGUAGUCUUAUUCGACCGGGCAACUAAGAGAGGCAAUAAUUCUGUUUUAGCAUUAAAGAUUUUGAGUGGUUAUUGGUUAACCUCAGAACUGUUGUUGUAAUUGAACUGCUUAGUAGGAGACAUCAGCUGGUGUAUAAAAUGUUGAAUUACAAUCUUCUCAUUCUUGAUUGGUAGCAGCGGAAAUAUUGAAGCCUGCAGCUCUCACCUUCAUCUCUUCCAGCAGAAAGCCAGCAGAGCUUUUUCUAUGGCUGCUACAUCUGAAAGGUGGAUUGAUGGUCUACAAUUUUCGUCACUGUUUUGGCCUCCACCUCAAGAUCCAGAGCAGCGGAAGGCACAAAUUACAGCAUAUGUUGAUUACUUUGGUCAAUUCACAUCGGAACAAUUUCCUGAAGAUAUAGCAGAGUUGGUUCGCCAUCGUUAUCCAUCGAAUGAGAAGCGCCUCUUUGAUGAUGUCUUGGCAAUGUUCGUACUUCAUCAUCCAGAGCAUGGGCAUGCUGUCAUUCUUCCUAUAAUUUCAUGCAUCAUUGAUGGUACGAUGGAGUAUGAUAGAAGCACUCCCCCGUUUGCUUCUUUCAUUUCGUUGGUCUGCCCAAGUUCUGAUAAUGAGUAUUCUGAACAAUGGGCGCUGGCAUGUGGAGAGAUUUUACGAAUAUUAACCCAUUACAAUCGACCAAUUUUCAAGAUGGAGGGUCAGCAUGGUGAAACAGAUAGAAGCAGCAGUGGCAGCCAAGCAUCUACAAGUAACUCUACAGAUGGUGAAUCGUCUUCACCAUCUAUGCAGCAUGAACGGAAACCACUGAGACCUUUGUCGCCUUGGAUUACUGAUCUGUUGCUUGCUGCACCUCUAGGUAUCAGAAGUGACUACUUCCGUUGGUGUGGAGGUGUCAUGGGAAAAUAUGCUGCAGGGGAACUCAAGCCACCUUCAGUUGUCUUGGCUUCUUCUCGUGGAUCUGGAAAGCAUCCUCAGCUAAUGCCAGCUACUCCUAGAUGGGCUGUUGCUAAUGGUGCUGCUGUAAUAUUAAGUGUAUGUGACGAGGAAGUUGCUCGGUAUGAGACUGCCACUCUAACUGCAGCUGCUGUUCCUGCUCUUUUACUUCCACCUCCAACAACAGCCAUGGAUGAGCACCUUGUUGCAGGCCUUCCUGCUUUAGAGCCGUAUGCAAGAUUAUUCCAUAGGUAUUACGCUAUUGCUAGUCCGAGUGCCACACAAAGGCUUCUUCUUGGACUCUUAGAAGCACCACCAUCAUGGGCUCCAGAUGCUCUUGAUGCUGCUGUUCAACUUGUCGAGCUUCUUAGAGCAGCAGAAGACUAUGCAUCUGGCAUGAGGCUUCCCAGAAACUGGAUGCAUUUGCAUUUCUUGCGUGCAAUUGGAACAGCAAUGUCCAUGAGAGCAGGCAUUGCAGCAGAUUCAGCAGCUGCUUUACUUUUCCGGAUACUCUCCCAACCUGCUUUGCUUUUUCCUCCUCUUAGACAAGUGGAAGGAGUUGAAGUCCAACGUGAGCCUAUGGGUGGUUAUGUUUCAAGCCAUAAAAAGCAGAGACAAAUGCCAGCGGCUGAAGCAACCAUUGAAGCUACUGCCCAAGGGAUUGCCUCGAUGCUUUGUGCGCAUGGACCUGAGGUUGAAUGGAGGAUAUGCACCAUAUGGGAAGCUGCUUAUGGCUUAAUUCCUUUGAGUUCUUCUGUUAUUGAUCUUCCUGAAAUCAUUGUUGCAACCCCUUUGCAACCUCCUAUUUUGUCAUGGAACCUAUACAUACCUCUCCUUAAAGUUCUUGAGUACCUUCCUCGUGGAAGUCCAUCUGAAGCUUGUCUCAUGAAGAUAUUUGUUGCUACUGUCGAGGCAAUUCUUCAACGAACAUUUCCAGCAGAGUCCUUGUUUGAACAAACAAGAAAAACAAGAUAUGUAUUUGGCUCUGCCUCCAAAAAUCUAGCUGUGGCAGAGCUUCGCACUAUGGUCCACUCCCUCUUUUUAGAAUCAUGUGCCACUGUAGAGCUCUCGUCACGACUACUUUUUGUUAUAUUGACUGUGUGUGUAAGUCAUGAAGCACAGCUUCAUGUGGGUAAGAAACCAAGAGGUGAAGAUAGUUUUCCUCAUGUCAAUGCCAAUGAGGAAUCGGAAGCAUCGUCUGGAAAGCAACGAAAAUUGGGGGCUAAAAGAAUGAAUAAGCAAGGACCUGUUGCAGCUUUCGAUUCUUAUGUUCUAGCUGCAGUUUGUGCUCUUGCCUGUGAACUUCAGCUCUUUCCUUUGAUUUCAAGAACAAGUAAGCAUUCAAAUUUGGAGGAUGCACAGGAUGUUGCAAAAGCGGCAAAGGCAGUUAAAUCUUCCAAUGGGUUCCAGAAUAGUAUUGAUUCUGCAGUUAGCCAUACUCGCCGGAUACUGGCAAUUUUAGAGGCACUUUUCUCCCUGAAGCCAUCUUCUGUUGGUACCUCUUGGAGUUACAGUUCAAAUGAAAUAGUUGCUGCUGCUAUGGUUGCAGCUCAUAUUUCUGAGCUUUUCAGACGAUCAAAGGCUUGCAUGCAUGCUCUCUCGGUUUUGAUGCGGUGCAAGUGGGAUAAGCAAAUUCACUCCACAGCGACUUCACUUUAUAAUUUAAUUGAUAUUCACAGCAAAGCUGUAGCAUCGAUUGUCAACAAGGCAGAACCACUGGAUGCCCAUCUAUUGCAUGCACCCAUCUGGAAGGACUCCCUUGUAUGCUUAAAUGGUAAAAGACAAAAUAAUUCUGCAAAUGCUAGCUGCUCUGAGACGGGCCAGUCGUCAACCAUGCAGUUUGAUGAUCCAGUCACUGCGAGAACUCUGGUUACUAGUGAGAAAGUUUCUAAGUUAUGUGAGGACAGUGACAGCGGCUCUGAGAAAGGAAUAACGAGCUUCCCAUUCAAUGCUUCAGAGUUGGCCAACUUCCUCACAAUGGACAGGCAUAUUGGAUUUAAUUGUAGUGCACGGGUACUUUUGAGGUCAGUACUGACAGAGAAACAAGAAUUAUGUUUCUCUGUUGUUUCAUUGCUCUGGCACAAGAUGAUUGCAUCACCUGAAACACAACUUAGUGCUGAAAGCACCUCUGCACAGCAAGGAUGGAGACAGGUGGUUGAUGCACUUUGCAAUGUGGUGUCAGCUUCACCAACAACAGCUGCAACUGCUAUUGUUCUUCAGGCCGGGAGGGAAUUGCAGCCUUGGAUCGCUAAAGACGAUGAUCUUGGUCAAAAGAUGUGGAGAAUCAACCAGCGUAUAGUGAAGUUGAUUGUGGAGCUAAUGAGAAAUCAUGACAUGCGAGAGUCAUUGGUGAUUUUGUCCAGUGCAUUAGACCUCCUCCUCCGUGCCACAGAUGGCAUGCUCGUCGAUGGAGAAGCAUGCACUUUACCCCAACUUGAGCUCCUGGAAGCAACAGCGAGAGCAGUUCACCCGGUGCUUGAGUGGGGAGAAUCUGGGUUGGCAGUUGCAGAUGGCCUCUCAAAUCUUCUCAAGUGUCGUCUGCCAGCUACAGUACGUUGCCUUUCUCACCCAAGUGCUCAUGUGCGCACCCUCAGUAUAUCGGUUCUUAGAGCUAUUUUGCAUGUUGGGCCGAUAAAAGCAAGCGGUGAACAUCGGCUGGAUGGGGGGAAUGGGAUCGUUGAGUGGGAAGCAGACCUAGGGAAGUGUUUAACCUGGGAAGCUCAUAGUCGAGUGGCUACUGGAAUGCCAAUCGAAUAUCUUGAUACUGCUGCCAAGGAAUUGGGGUGUCCGAUAGCCAUUUAAUUGCUAUCAUUGGUUGGUUUGUACAGUGGAAUAUGUAUGUAUACAGGGGGAACCAUUUAUAUAUGAUACCCUGUUGAUUUAUUUCUAGACUUGGUUUUAUUUAUAAAUAGAGAGAUGAACCAUGCCUCUGAUUUUGAGAUUUGUAGAUGUAAUCUGAUUGACGUGUUCAUCUUGGAUUCUUAAGGGUGCUCUUUGUUUGGACUUGAUGUUAUAGUUUAAAGUU